AUGGUCAAAAUCGGCGGUAAUUUCGAUGCGUACCUGGCUGAGGCUCCGAACAGCACAGCCCGAAAAGCCCACGGCGUGCUCUAUCUGCCCGACGUGAGGAGACUAUGGCAAAACAGCAAGCUAAUGGCCGAUGCUUUUGCCGCGAGCGGAUAUACAACCUUGAUACCCGACCUAUUUGACGGUGACUCUCUGCCGCCAGAUAGGACCAGCGAGACGACAAUCAUCGACUGGAUUCUCCACGGUGUACCUGGCAAGCAUGCCCAUAUAGCCGAAUACGUAGACCCAAUUGUCGUUGCGGGCAUUGAGGCAAUGCGCGAUAUAGGAAUCGUCAAGAUUGCCGCGGUAGGCUAUUGUUUUGGAGCCAAGUAUGUCGUGCGGCACUACAAAAGUGGCAUUGAGGCCGGAUUUAUCGCUCAUCCGUCGUUGGUCGAGGACCAAGAGCUCCAGGCCAUCACCGGUCCCCUCUCCAUCGCGGCCGCCGAGAUUGACAACAUAUUCCCUGCCGAGAUGCGCCACAAGUCUGAGGAGAUACUCGUCAAGACGGGUCAGCGGUACCAGAUCAACUUGUAUGGGGGCGUGGAGCAUGGAUUCGCGGUGCGCCGCAACAUGGACGUCGCGGUUGAGAGAUUCGCCAGGGACCAGGCGUUCCGACAGGCGGUGACGUGGUUUGACGAAUGGCUUUCGUGA